CAAAGACUUCAAGCUCUUAUUUGUCAAGCAAAUGAGAAUUUAUUAGAUGUUACUCCAACUCAUAUUAUAACAGGCAAUUUAAUUAAAACUUACUUUGGAGUAGAGAACUUAUGUGAAGUUCAUGUAUUACUUAAUGAUACUGAUAAAUUAUGUUACUGUAUAAAUAAAAUUCAAAAAGAAAAGCAUCUAUUUGGUCAAGAUUUAUUAGAUGUAAUGUAUAAUUUUUCAUACAAUAUUAAUAAUUUUCAAGAUUAUGUUCAACAAAUAAAUAUUUUUAAUGAUGGUCAUAUAAUGGUUACUUGUACAACACAAAUCCAAAUAGAAAAAUGGAUUCAAUGUAAUUAUUUUGAAAUUGAUCUAUCAUAUAA